AGUACCUCGGUGCGCUACGUUCCUGCGUUUCGUACUGUGCUUCGCUUCGUAAAUUCGGCUUGGUUUAUUCAUAUACUGAAUACUGAUUUAGCAUCACUUGGCUGCCUGGUAGCAUUACUAUAACGGUAUCUGGGAAUCGAAAAAGUUGAAAAAAAAAUCGCAGCUGCGAUUCUAAUUGUAAAGAUCUUGUACAGUCGUAUGUUGGUGUCUCUCUCAGUCUCUAGAGUCAGAGAGUUUGGAAAUGGAAUCAACUUCCGUAGACAAAAACCAACCUGCUAAGAUGUCAGAAAAUGAACAAGUGGAACUUGUGUUUUUGAAGUUUGGUUUGGCUCAAUCAGAUCUAGAGUUUGAAGCUCUUGUUGAAAGAUUUUUGCCAACAAUUCUUGGGAAAGUAUCAAGUGCUGAUGAAAAUAUUAGAACAAAGGUCAUGCAGCUACUUAAUCACAUCAGCAAUCGUUUGAAAUCAAGAUCAGAUGUGAAAUUACCUAUUGAUAAACUUCUACAACUAUACAAAGAGUCAAAGUCGUCAUUUAUUGUGAAUUUCACCAUAAUCUACAUCAAACUUGGAUUCCCAAGACUUCCAGUAGCAGAACAAGCGAAACUGGCUCCUCAGUUGUUUGCUGUGUUAGAGGAUAAACCUAAAAUACACCAAGAUGCAUUGAUUCGUCUACUUAUCACGACCUUCCCACAUAUCAAGUUACCUGAUGAUCCUGAAAAAAGAAAAGAAUUAUUCCAAUUCGAAAAAUCACCAACAACAACUAAAAAGUUACUGGAAUUUUGUUUGGAUGUGAUUUUGAUGCCGUAUAGUGUCAUUGCUGCCCCUGAGCCGUCAUCUCGCCCAUCAACAGCUCCUGUUCAAGGUGAAAGGUCAUCACCAUCGACAACAACGAUUGUUCCUCCUGGAUUGAGUUUAAAUGCUGUGAAAAGAUUAGCUAGCGACUCAUCUGAUUCUUCAUGGAGUAUUGCUCAGAUUGAACAAUUUAAGGUUGGUAUCUUGAAUCUGAUUGGAGGAGAUGUAUUUCCUGAAAGUGACAUCAUAAUACAUCUUAUCAUUGCCAGUAGUGACACAAGACAUACUGUUUCUAAUCCUGCAGAUUUGGAACUGAAGAAAAGGCAGAGGUCUCUCGAUUGGGAAGAUUCAUCUCUGAACUCAAUGUUAUAUCGAUUAUAUCUGGGAGAAGCUCAAACAUUAACUGCUGCUCAAAGGCGUCAAAAACCAAAUCCUGCUUCAUUGAGAAAACCUGUUGAAUUAAGAAUCAAACUGAAAAUUAUUCAAAACUUACUUCGAUCACAAACUUCAACAGAACGUUUUCCAUUGACGAUUCAACUAACAUAUGAUGCUUUGUUUGCUGAAAAUACAAACGCAAGAUUGAGAGUCCUGGGAUUAGAAUAUGUUCAUCAUAUUUGUGAGAAAUGCGAACUUUCUAAGCUCCUACCCCAGGCCCCACUUCUACUCAACGCUAUGUUGAAAACAACCCAGGGGUUUGAAAAUGAACCAAGAACGCAGGGGUUGGGUUACACAGCGAUGGGAAAACUUGCAAGACGUGUUCCUGAUCUGUUUUCUACAAAUCUUAAGUUGGUUCAAGAUGCUUUUCAAGCCCUUUCUAAGAAUCCUUCCCAGGAAUUAAAAUUAUACAUUCAAGAAUCAUUAGCAAUGAUGUCGCAAGCAUAUAGUAAAGUAUCUGAAGAUCAUUUACCGUUGGUUGAAGCUGUCAUUGCUAAAUAUAUCACAGAUCCAGAUCAUCUCUGCAGGUUAUCAUCAGUCAGAUAUGCUGGAAUUAUAUUCUCAACUGAUCAUGUUUCGUCAAGAUAUUUGUUAUUGCUGGCUGCUUCAGAUGUAAAAGAAGAUGUCGCUUCUGAAGCAAAAAAACUUUUAUACGGGAGUGAAACAUCAACAGAGACUGACAAAGAUGACAAAAAACAAAAUGUGAAAUUGCCAAAGUUUUCUGAGAUGCUCAAUUUUGUUUAUGAAAAGGCUCAGAAGCGACUCAAAAGUUCUGAACGAUUUAUCAUUGGAAUUCAACAUAUAGCUUUUCCACCUUCAACUUUUCUUGUGUUACUUCAAUAUCUGAGGAAAUGUUUGUUGAAUGAUGCCAGCAUUAUAGGUGUAAAUAUUAAAAACCUGAUUCCUGGGGAUUUGUCAACUGAAGCCCCUGUAAUAUCUGAAUAUAUUGAAAAUGAGUUGAAAUCUAACGAACAAGCAAUGACAAAUUUGAUUUCCAAAUAUGUGGAAUUGGCAAUGCAAUUUGUGAAACCAGUUACAGAUCCAAAUGCAGUUUACAUUCUUCUUGAGAUGUUUGCGAUUUGCCCAGAUGAUUUUCCAGUCAAGAGUUUAUUGCUUGGAUAUAGAGAUUCUAAUGAAACAGAAUCUUACAAAAAAGAUGAAGAAGAAAAAUUGUUAAACAACAGAAUCGAGUGGUUAAAAAAUUUGUCUCACCAUACGAGAGAGUCUAUUCGAGAAUAUGGUGCAGAAUUAUACUCCAUCAUUCUCAGGAGAUUGCCUGUUGAUGAGACAAACCAAGAAAAAGUACUAACUGAAAUACUCAGCCAUGCUGAUUCAGAUAAGAACUUUGAGAAAAAGCACGGAAGUUUGUUAACACUUGGUUACUUGCUUGGUGAAUGGAUCGAUAAUAACGAUGACAUGGUUCCUCAAGUUAUGAAGGAUGCUCUGUUUUGUUUGGCUAAAAAUGCAACUUCUCGUGAUGUUGCCAUAGCAAGUGCAGGUUGUUUUUCACUUGGUGAAAUAGUUCGAAAAACUUCGUUACCAAUAACUGAUGGAGAAGUUUCUUCAGAAGAAAAUGAUGAGAAAGAUAAAGAUGUUAAAGAACAACUUGUUGUUUCAAAAGAUUUCACCAAAAGUGACCUCCUAUCCAUUCUUCUAAGUCAUAUUAAAGCAUCAUCAGCUCAUAAAUUACGAGAACGAAGUGUAAUUACGUUGGGAUGUAUUCCAGUUGGUGACCCAGAGUUUAUACAUAAAGAAUAUUUACUGAAUGCUCUGCUGAAAUCUUCUGAGAUCAAAGAGGCAGAUCUACAUUUUACGGUAGCAAGAUCAUUAUGUGAUGUAGCGUUAGGCUCGAAAUCAUCAGCUGGAAAAAAUCAUUGGAAAAUGAAGAAAGACGAUAAGUCAGCUAUGGAUUCAUCAGAUACUGACGAUGAUAAAAUACCAUGGUUACUAAACAAGAUAUUGGAAGAAUAUGUUUGCCAUCGUAUACCUGCUGUCAGACAGGCUGCAAGUAUAUGGCUUCUAACUAUGCUAAAGACAGAUGAGAUCACAUCACAUUCAGAAAUUCAACAAUUUCUGCCAAAAACACAGAAUGCUUUUAUGUCUCUACUUACCGAAUCUGAUGAUCUCAUCCAAGACAUCGCAUCCAAGGGGUUAGGAGUUGUGUAUGAGCUUGGUACAGAAGAUCAGAAGAAACAAUUGGUUGAUGCAUUGGUUGGUUCAUUGAUGGAGGGAAAUGCGUCAAAAACUAUCAAACCAAACCAGGAUAAUUUAUUCCAAGGUGCCAAAGGAAUUGGGAAAGCUCCGGACGGUUCCAAACUAUCGACAUACAAAGAAAUUUGUUCUCUUGCAUCUGACCUUAACCAGCCUGAUCUUGUUUAUAAAUUUCUGCAUCUGGCAAAACAUCAUGCAUUAUGGAAUUCUAAGAAGGGUGCAGCAUUUGGUUUCAGCAAUAUUGCAAGUCUGGCAAGUGAACAGUUAGCUCCACAUCUUCCUCGUAUUGUACCGAGGUUAUACAGAUAUACGUUCGAUCCUCAACCCGGGGUAAGAUCAGCAAUGACAAGUAUUUGGAAUGCUUUGGCGCCUGAUCCGAAGAAACUGGUUGAUAAAUAUCUGCAAGCUAUUACCGAUGAUUUGAAGAAGAAUUUAUCGUCAAGCAUAUGGAGAACACGUCAGGCAAGUUGUCUCGCUGUCUCAGAUUUGUUACGAGGUGGGAGAGGUAUAAAAGGUGGAGAAGAAAGUGAUAUAAUUAUAAGUGCUCUGCCUGAACUCUGGACUGCAACACUGAGAGUUAUGGAUGAUAUUAAAGAGACUGUCAGAGAUGCUGCCACUGUAGCUUCAAAAUCACUUAAUAAGAUAACCAUAAAGUUGUGUGAACAUGAUCAAGGAAAGUUGGGAGAGAAAGCUGUUGAACAAAUCUUACCUGUCUUGUUGAAAGAAGGUUUGUCAAGCAGAGUAAAAGAAGUUAAAACAUUAAGUCUCAAUACCUUGGUUGAAGUGAGCAAGAAAAGUGGAAAGUUGAUUAAAUCCUGUAUUCCACAAAUGGUGAUUGCUUUACUGGAAGCUUUGUCGGAAUUUGAACCUGCUAUGUUGAACUACUUAGCAGUGAGAAGCGAUCAAGACGGAAGACAGAUGUUAGAUCUUGCUCGGGCCGAAGCUGCAAAAUCAUCACCAAUGGUUGAAACUAUUGAUCGAGUGUUACAAUACGCUGACACUGAAACUCUCAAACAACUUCUCCCCUCGUUGACUGAUAUUUCGAAGAAGAAUUAUGGAGUCAUGACAAAGGCUGGUUGUUCUCAUGUGAUUAUCUCUCUUGUCAAUCAUUGCCCUGGGGAGCUGACACAAUUUGCCUCAACUAUAUUGAAUGCAUUUGUAUCAGGUCUUGGUGACAAUUCACUUGCUGUGAGGAAAUGCAAUUCUGAAGCAAUUGGACAUGUUGUUAAAGUAGCAAAGGAUGGAAGCGUUACAAAAGUUUUGAACAAAUUGAAGGAAUGGUAUCUGGAGAAAGAAGAUGAUAUUCACCGCCAUGCUUCUGCAUCUGCUUGUCAUGCAAUAGGUAAACACAGUCCUGAUGUGUUGCGUGCUCAUGCUUCCGUUGUGUUGCCACUCGCAUUUCUCGGGAUGCAUGAAAUGUCUGCAGAUAAAAAUGCUAAAACAGAUGAAAAUGCAAUGGAAGUUUCAAGAAAAGAAGACAAGAAUUCCUCAAAAUAUUUAUGGAAUGAUUUAUGGACGGAGUUCACUCCAGGUACUGCAUCAGCUAUUAAGCUCUAUAUUGAUGAGUUGAUCACAUUCACAUCAAUUGCUUUGCAAUCAUCUCAGUGGAAAAUGAAAGCUCAAGCUGCAGCUGCCAUGGCAUUCCUUGCUAGGCAACAAAAAGAAGGAACAAUAGUCGGAGUCCUGUUACAUAAACUCGUGGAGAUCUUGCUUCAUGGAUUGCAAGGAAGAACAUGGGAUGGCAAAGAGAAAUUGUUGACGGCUUUAUGCGCUGUAGCUGUUCAUUGUAAAUCACAACUUUCUGUGGAAGAAGUCAGUUCGAUUCUGACGAUAUUCUUUAAAGAGUGCAGAAGAGACAAAUUAACGUACAAAACUGAGUCAAUACACUGUCUUGGUGCUGUACUCGAAGCUCACAGGAUUGAUAAAUUCUCCCUUUUAUGGGACAUUAUUUCUCCUGUAUUGAAAAAGGCAUCAGGAAGUGAUUCUGAUACAGAUGAUGAUGAAUUAGGAAAAAACAAGAAAAAUAUAAGUGGAGUGAAACUGGUUCUGCUGGAGAAUUGCAUCGAAGCUUGUGGAAGAGCAUGGCCUCACGUUGUAAAGACACAAGAUAAUCAUUUUUCUGAGGUUGGUAAAGUUCUUACUGAGCACAUUACACAUAGUACAUGGAAUAUACAGCUUGCAGCGCUCCGAGCUACUAAACUAAUAUUCCGGACUUUGUUUGAGUCAAGGAAAACAACAUAUAACAUGGAGACAAAUGAAACAGGAAUGAAAAAUGGAAAUUCAAAAGAAUUGAAGGUUUUAGAUUUGGAAGGAACUGGUCUGCUUGAUGGAAUUUGUUUGUCACUCGGGAAUGCCAAAUAUUCUAGGAUUCGAGAAGAAGCCCUUUCGUUAUCACAACUACUCCACCAGUUAAUUGCAGCAAACGUCUUCAACUCUGUGGGUAUUGACAAGUUAAUCCAUGCAUUAACCCAUUCACCACUUGCCGAUAAACGAUCAAAUAAAAAAACAAAUGUAGAUGAACUGGUUAAGAAAUUUCGUCCAGAUGACGUCAGUGCAUGACAUCAAAUUAAUUAUGUCUAGUCGCAAUAUCGUAUACCCGAAUUUGUUGCACUACUAUUAGACAGUGAAAUAUAUUAUGUUCCUUUUUGUUAGUAA